AUGCCCCUCGAUGUUGUUUCUGACGACGACGUUGAUCUGUUUGAGGAGGACCCACCUGAGGCUGACCAUGAGGGUGAGGCCCCUAUUGCUGCUGAUGUCAUCUUACCCAUUGCUGAUGCUCCUGCAGAGGAGGAUAUUGAGUUCAUUCACUUAGAUCAGCCCCUAGAGGAGCCUGUAGCCCCUGUCGAUCCUUUGUUUGAUGGUCCAGCUGAUUUUGAUAUGGAGUUUGUUGAUCCGGAGCCUGCUGUGGCCCCGGAGCCUGUAGCUGCUCCUGACCCUGCAUUAGAGCAUGACCCUGUUCAUGACGAUGCACCCGUUGUUGCUCCUUUUGUUGAUAAUAUACCCAUUACCGAUCAUCAUGUUGUUGCUCCACCGUUGGUGGAUGAUCAUGUUGCUGACGCUCCUAUUGAUGCUCCACUUUUGAUAGAGGAUCCUGUUAUUGCACCAUUUCCUGAUCCCGUGCCGGUGAUGUUCGACCGUGCACCUUUCGCUACCCAUAUAGAUCCACGUUACGCCGACACCCGUAACGGGUGGAUAGAUGAUGACGACGAUUACCCACCAUUCGUGUUACCAGUUACACCUCCAGCAGCCCCUGUUUUAGCACCCGCUUUAGCACCCAUUUCAGCACCCACUGAUAUCCCCCUGAUUCCCCCAUACAUCACAGAUACUCAUCGCACAGAUCUUCCUGUUACGUUUCUUCAGGACAUACCGCCACCGCUUCCUGGAGAGGGGUCAUCUAGGCAGCCGCCUAUCCCUGUUCCACCCAUGCUAUCAUCACCUUUUCCAUUCACAUCGCAGUUUCCCACUGUUGCACCAUCUACUGCACCGUCCUUCACCCCGUCGAGCGAGCCAUUUCUAUGGACUACGCCCCCUAUUAUGCCACUGUCUGAUCCGUAUCACCCAUACUAUGUUGGGUAUUCUACGGAGGACAUCCUCACAUCUUUGAUGAUACAGCAGGAGGCACUGACCCGUCGCAUACAGGGGUUGGAGAGAGCUCAGCGACCACCUUGUCGUUGUCAGACCCCACUUUCAGCAUCCCACCCUCCGCGUCCACAUUCACCCGACUCAGACGUCCGUUUCUUGAUCUCUGAGCAGCAGAUAGCAUAUUUGUUGCGCAAGAUGCCACCAAGACAUGAUCCACGCAUGCCCACUAAUGAGGCAGAACUUCAAGGAAUCAUUGCCGCUGCUAUCGCGCAAUAUGCUGCUUCUCAUGCAGAGACAAGUGGAAAUAUCUCUCAAAACCACGGCAAUAACAAUCCACCUAAUGGUAAUGUUAAGUUGUUUGAGAUAUAUUAUGAUACAUUUGGAUAUUUAUAG